GAUUCUUGACCGCGUUCAGCGCCAUCCAUGAGUUACUCCUCAUCAUCACCCAUUAAAGUUAUACCUGUUGUCAUCGUCCUCAUUAUCCUGCACCUCUCCCUCCUCCUCUUCCUCCCAUCGGUGUAGCCUUUUGGCCCCCAGUUCAGCUGCCAGCGACUGCGUUGAGGCGCCUGCUGUGCUCGCCAGGUCGGCCGAGCCCCGCCACGCCUCUGCAGAUGAUGUACGCCGAGCCCACGCCCCCGCAGAUGAUGCACGCCGAGUGGCCCGCGCAGCCCGUGAAGACCGCGCAGGUGUGCUCGGCCGACGCCGGCUUCUUCCAGCCCCCCGCGGGCUACGUGAUGUGCAUGCUGCCCGCGGGCCGGUUCCUGGCCGAGUUCUGCGCCCCCGCGGGCGCGCCGCCCGCCCCCGCCGGCUUCGGCGGGGCGCCGCACGGCUGCUUCGCCCCGGAGGCCCGCCUCGGGCCCAAGGAGGAGCACCUGGCCCUGGCCGGCGCCGCGCCGCCGGAGGGGCAGCGGAGCGCCGCCGCCUGCGCCGCGGAGCCGGCGCCAGAGCCCGCCGCGGAGGAGGCGCCCGCGCCCGAGGAGCUGGAGCGCCGGAAGCGGCUGCUGCGCCUGACGCCGAGCGGCGCGACGAGUGCGGCCGUGCUGCUGGCCAAGAGGAGGCAGAUCGAGCAGGCCCGGAAGGGUGACCGCGCGACGGUGGGUGCGUUGAAUCUCGCCGGCCAGAAGCAGAAUCCGAAGGCUCCGCAGCUGCGCUUCCUCAAAGAGCUCGAGGACAAGAAGAGGCAGGAGGAGCGCACGAGACGAUCCUGCACGAAGGAGUCCAGCGUGGUCUCCAGCGAGUCGACGGCAGCCCCGAUCUCGGACGAGGAAGCCGCAGACCGCGACGAGGCAGCGUGCGCGCCUCCCUCCCUGGGCUUCGCCGGCGCCCGCGCCGCGCUGCUGAGCUACCGCUGCGUGGCGCCGUGCCAGAAGCCCAGGCAGCUCCAGGGCCUCUUCGCGGACGCCGCCCGUGCCGGCCCGGAGUGCCCGAGCGCGCCCGCGCUGCGCAGGCAGUGCAGCGCCCCGGCCCCCGCCGCGCCGCCCCGUCCCGUGCUCCAGCGCCAGCGCACCGAGCCCGCCCCUUCACCGCUGUCGGCCCUGCGCAGGGACCUCGGCGAGCUCGAGACUCUGCGGCGUGACGUGAACAGCCUCCUGAACAAGGUGUGCCCCGAGAAGUUCGGGACCGUCGUGGAGAAGCUCACGGCGAUCCGGGUGGAGAGCACGGAGGCGCUGGAGAUCGUCAUCGAGCUGAUCUUCAAGAAGGCGCUGUCGGAGCCGCACUACAGCGAGACCUACGCGGACCUGGUCUUCAGCCUCCGCUCCGCGUUCCCCGAGUUCCCCGCGCCCGACGGCGGCAAGCCCAUGACGUUCAAGUCCUCCGUGCUGCACAUCUGCCAGGCCGAGUUCGAGGAGCUGCUGGCCGCGCCCGAGCCGUCGGAGAGCGAGCGGGCGGGGCGCCAGGGCGAGGACCUGGAGGCGCUGUGCCAGGAGCGCCGGGGGCGCAUGCGCGCGAACAUGCGCUUCGUGGGCCACCUCUUCCUGCGGCAGCUCUUGUCCGCGAAGGUCGUGGGCGGCAUCCUGCGCGAGCUCGUGCUGUGCGACAUGGAGGACGUGGCCCCGCAGGAGCACGCCCUCGAGUGCGCGCACGAGCUGCUGAACAGCGUCGGGCUCACGCUGGAGUCCAUGCCCUUCGGCCAGGUCGCGCUGCCGGUCGUCUUCGGGCGCCUGCGCAGCCUGAAGGCCAGGAAGGGCGCGGACGGAAAGGGGAUCUACAGCAAGAGGAUGCAGUUCAUGAUCCAGGACCUGAUCGACACGCGCGAGGCCGGUUGGACCCGGAAGGUCUUCCGCAGCAGCGCCAAGACCAUAGAGGAGAUCCGCGCCGCCGGUACGCAGCAGCAGGGCGGCGAGACGGUGCUGGUCGGGCAGAGACCGCUCUACAUGGCGGGCGAGGCCGAGCGGUUCGUCCGCACGCGCACGGCGUGAGCGCCCGGCUUUCGGCAGCGGCACCGUCGAUCAGCGCGCGUGCGCGUCGCCGCCGCCGUACAGUCUGCUGUGUAGUCCUUCACGGGAGCCUCAGAGGGUCCCAAGAAUUCCUUGCGCCACGCAUCUGAUAGGGUUGCGAAGGUCCACAGAGGCUUCCGUGAAGGCGCACCCGAGGUCCGACGGCCCUCAGGUGGGGUGCCUGCGUGCCACGCGCCGUGGGGUCUGGCAGCCCUCCCGUCCUUUGGGCCUGGGCCCCUUCAGUCUCGAGCGUGUGCGCAUGGGCUGGCACGAGAGCUACGAACGCGUGAUCAGAUCCUCACGCGUGAGGAGGCUCACUCUCUAGGCCUCCCAGGGAUCCCGCUGCAGGCGGCUUCAGUUGUCAAUUCGCCCAGCUGACUCGGGCUCUGGCACGCCGAGCGUACGUGCAGCCCCCUGAUCCCAGUCGCCUUGCUCACCUCAUUCCUCUUGCCGUCGCUCGGACGUCCGUGUCCCGUGCACGUGUCGGUCUCGUGCGCGUGCUUUUGGCUCGAUGGCCCAGGAUGCCCCUCGACGGUUCCCGCCGAGGGAAAAGUGCACACGUCCGAGCGAUGCCCGGUCCUGCUGCUCACGCGGUCGAGACGGUGAGCCAGGAGCACCUCUUGGGGCUCGGGAGGGGGCUCGGGCCCUCGAGCCGCGCCGCGGGUGUUUUGGGGGUCGGGGAGCGUCCUCGUACAUUUCGUGGUAGGACUAUAGGAAUGCCGGGACGGUCGGUCCCUGCUCAAGUAUGGUAGCACGGAGGCUGUAGUUCACGUCGAUUCAACCGCCCCGCUCGGACUUUGUCCACUUCUUCGGUGCUACGUUUUGCCCUGCGGUCUCGUCAAGAGCACCUGCACGGCAGCGACGGGAACCCCAGUCGCUCGAUCUACGAAUUGACUUGCUUCCUCGACUGCGCGCAGGAUAAUUUUGAGUCACGCCAGCUUGAAACAGGAUUCUCCGGUGCAUCUGGGCAUCAGGCGAGCCCCGCCUGGGCCCAGGGGCUGGACUCUUCUCCUCCCGCGUCCUGCCACAGCUCAUUGCUUCUCCUCCCCACCUUCCUCCUGCUCCUGUUCCUGCUCGUUUUGCCCACUCGGCUCCACGGUCCGGAUAGAUAGAGGCGGGAUGAGGGGAAGAGGGCCAGGGGAUGCGGAGGAAUGGUUUUAGGGCCGGUGGGGUCUGCAACUUUGUUAAGCCAUGAUUCGAUGGUUUGCCCUUCGUGCGUGUGAGACGACAAUGCUCGAGUCACUGGACGCCGAUCUUGCAUGACUGUUAGCCCAACCAGGAGCGGCGGGGAAGUUCCAGGAGCACGUGCAUGCAGACUUGGUGGAACUUCCCUGAACGCGUGACUCGGAGGAUGAGACAUGUCAUCAGCAUAUUUUCCGAACUCUGCGCGGAUUUCUUGGGUCCGUCGUUCGGCCUCCGUGGCGGCGGCGGCGCCUCAGGCGCUGCCCUUUGCGCGCUCCGCGCGCCAGGGAGGGGCCCCCAGCGCCGAUCCCAAAAAUCUGCGAGUGUCUUGGCAGUUUGAAGAGAGGCUGCCCACUGCCAAAGGGCUGGGCCUGGCCGGUGACACGUCCGCUAGAGGACGUCAAUCAGUCUUGCGGGCCUCAGCCUACGGGGCAAGCACCCAGAACGGAUGCUAACCGCAUAUCAAGGAAGUCGCACCGCUGUGGCACGCUGCAGCGUGCCCCCCCCCGCCGCUCCCCUCCUCACCGCUUACCGCUGCCUGCUUCCUCGCUACUCUCUGCACCAUGCCCUCGCUUCGUCACCACCCACUCUCUCUCUGAAUCUCCUCGGGAGCCAUUUAAGUCACGAUGUAGGGGCAACCUUUUUACCAUUUUUAAGAGAACAUGAAGCGUCGAUCGCUUUUCCACACGCGGGCUUGCCAAUUGUGUUCAAUCAGGUCGGGUUUUAGUUACCCGCUGGCCAGGGCCGCUUGUGUGGAGCGAGUUCUUCGCCGAGGUUGGCCCAGCCCGCCCGAGCGACAGAAGCCUGGAGGAGAGGUUCUCGAGCCUGCUCCAUUUCCACAUUGCGUGAGGGGUAGACGAUGUCGGUAACCUCCGGCCAUUCCAUUUCGGUUUAGUUCUUCGUGCAGCCUGCGUGAACCAUCCUCUCCGACCUCGUCGUCGUCGUCCUCCUCCUUCUCUUCCUUCUCCUCUUUUUUAGCCUCAUCCU